UCAAUUUAACCGAAAGUGUACGCCACUCAGACAAAACAAAUUGUGUUAACCGAUCUGGCGAACAUGUCAGAUAAAAUGCAUGACAUGGAUAACAAUGUAUCUAGCGGGUCCUGUAAAAGUAAACGGACUAAUUAUUUAUCAUCUUCUUCCAAUUUACAUAUUUUGGUAUCACAAUGGUCACGAAAAGAUGUGGAGAAAGAGCUGCACAUUUUUUGUAGCGGCACAGCGAAAACUCCUUCAUCGAUGUUGGAAAAAAUAUCAAAUGAAGAACUAAGCGAAAAUCAAAGUGAAUAUAUGGAGAAAGUGAAGUCUUAUUUAAACUUCGAUGUUAAAUUUAUGGAACUGAUAUUAUGUCAAUCAGUGGCUCAUUAUCCUACAACAGGCAUUACCAAACAACUGAAAGGUGUAAUAAAGGACACUAUAGAGAGGUCUAUGAAGGAUCCAGAUAGAUUUGUACGAUCAACUAUAAGAGAGUUUAUGAUAGCAGUCCAGACACUUGCUAGAAAAUGUGAAGAGUACAGAACACAAAUGAAUAAAACAAUAAAUGAAGGAACAUUUAUACGUUUUAUAAGUGAUUUUGCUGUGUUAUGCUGUUUGAAACCAGAGUGUUCACUUGUUGAUAAUAAAGGUGAGCCAACUGUUUGGGAAAAUUUUAGAGGUUCAAAAUGUGCAACUUCUAAUCCUGAUAUGAGAUUGAUGAAAAGAGGUCUACCAGAAGAAUUGUGUUCCAGUUAUGAGGAAACAGAAUUGCCAGUGGCAUCUAUUGUGGAGGUAAAAAGGCCUUCAGAUUUGAAGUUUAUGAAUGAAUCUGGAAGGGAUUCAGUUGAUGAACUUGCCAGGAGAAUGGAGGUUACAAAACUGGAAAUGUGUCCUGUAAAUAGUUCAUCUUCAGAAUCAUCAUCCUCUGACAAUAUGUCCGCUGAUCUCUCAAGAGUCUGUAGAAAGAAGAAAAGUUCAUCUAAAGUGACCACCAGCUCACGAUUCCUACCUAUAUACAAUAGUAAUAAGGUUUUUGGCCAGCAUGCUGGAGAAUUGCUAUUCGAUCUGAACAGAUGUUUAAAAGACUCAAAUGCAAAUGUGGGAAGAAUGCCUGGCAUGAUUAUUGAUGGUGUAAAGGUCAUCUUUACCUUAUUAGAAAUAAGAGUUUCACAUCUGGAGAAGCUGAGGAAGAACCAAAAGCUAGAUGAUGAGGACAAGGCAGUAAUUUAUUAUUCAAUUCCAUAUGACAUCUUUAAUCAAAUAGAUCGUAACACUGUGAUGGAAUAUUUCAUGAAACUCAAUAAUGUGAAGACUUAUGGUUAUAGUGAAUUGGAAGUAACAUGAAACUUUUGUGAAAAUAUUCAAGUGAAUUUCACAUAAAUUAAGAUUAACAUUAUUCUCAUGUGAACUUUUCACAUGUCAAAUUUGACAUGAACUAAACUAUAAACAACUUGUUAACACCACUGCUGGAAAAGCAACACUUUGGGCAAGGGCUUAUAGAGAACCACAGACUUAUCAGUAAAUUGAUAUUUGCGAAACAA